UAUAAUUUAAUAAGUUUAUACAACAAUGCAAUAGGCAUAUAAUGAGGAUAAUUCCCUAUUACGUUUAUAGUUCAUAUUUUUUCCAUAAAUGUCGCUCAAGUUACAUACACUAUGAACGAAAGGUGUUGACAGCUUUAAAUAUUUCAUUUCAUUGAUCAGUUGUCAUGGCAACUAAAUACAAACGUUUAAUGUUAGUAUUAAGAGAAUACUCUAGGAUUACAAUUAAAAUACUUUUUACAACAAUUAAAACUUGUUAAGAACUAGAAAAAUUAAAACAGAUAUAUAUAAUGAUCACCAAUAUAGAUGACAUUUUAAAAAAUUUAGGAUGGGAUGAUGGAUUUCGAAUACCAGUGGCUAAUGAAGAAAAUAAACAUCUUGAAGAAGAAAUUGAAAAGAAAACAAAAUACAAGAUGUCUUUACAUAAAAAUUUGGAAUCUAUGGAAGAACACUUAAAGAUGAUUAAAAAACAUGCUGUUAAUAUAAAACUUCAACAGGAUUUAAAUCAAAACCUUCUCACAGCACAUUCAGCACAACUAGAGAAAGAAGAUCAUUUAUAUAGAUUAAGCAAUAGCACAGAAUCAAAUCUUCGUCAUGAAAUGCAAGAUUUUAAUAAAACAUGGAAUGACAUAAAUGAAAGAGUAUCAAACAUAGAGAAAGAUUUAGCUAAAAUAACAAAGAAAAUAGAAAGUUCUAAAAAAGCAGUCAAGUUUGAUGAAAACAAUCUUCUAAAGUGGGAGGAAGUAUUAAACAAAAAGGAAGAAGAUAAUGAAUUGAUAGAAGAAUACAUGAAACAAGAUACAAAAAAAUAUAAGGAAUUAGAACAAAAACGCCAGAAGCUAAGUAUAGAAGCUGAAUCUUAUCGACAAACAAUAGUAAAAGUAGUUAAUGAAGCACAAGAAAUGGAAAUAGCUUUAGAUAGAACUGUUAAACUUUAUGAUGAAGCAUUAAAAGAACGAAGACAAAUGAUAAACCAAUGGACACAAAGUGUAGCUGUGCUGAGACAAAGAGAUGAUAAUAUACAAGCUAGUUUAAGGGAAAUAGAAUCACUUCGUGAAAUUGGAAAAGAUAAAAUGGAUCUCCUACAUGAAACAGAACAAUUUUUAAAUGAUCAAAUUUUAAACAACAAGCAACUCGAAGAAUUGAUUAAAGGGUCUGAAAAGAAACUUGUCAUUAUAAAAAACGAGAAUCAUAAGAUUAUGGAUACAAUUAGUACGUAUGAAUUUGAGCAUCGCACUCAGAAGAAAGAUGUAGAAAAUUUGAACCGCCGUAUACAACAAAUAAGAGCAGAUAUAAAACGUAAAAAAAAUGAAAUUGAUAAUAAAACUAUAAAAAUGGAAGAUUGGAAGAACCGAAUUAAAGAUUUAAUUAUAACUUUAAAUGAUAUUGAUAACCAAAAAUUAAAUGUAGAGGAUAGAACAAAGCAAUUAGAAGAAAUGAUUGAGGAAGAAGAAAAACGUAAAUCUAUUUUAACCAAAGAGGUAAAGCAUCUGCAAAUAGCAAUUUUACGUACUGGCAGUCAGAUUUCCAAAUUACAUAGUGAAAAAAAAAUUCUGGAAAUACAAGAUCGAAAUGAGAGAAAAAAACUUGAAUUAUUAAUAACAACCUACGACAAAGAAGAAAAAAUAUUGGAAGAGAAAAAAGAAUCAUUAUAUCAUAUUGAAUUUACUCUACAUAAAUGUCAAAUGAAGUUAGAUCGUAUUAAAGGUCUUCAGCAUGAUCAAACAGAAUAUAACAAAAAACAAAAAAUAAUUGAAGAUUUGGAAACAGCAUUAUCAGAGAAAAUGAAAAUAGCUAAACUGCUAAAAACACAAAUUUCAAGUUUAGAAUAUGAUAGGAAAAAAAUCACUAAUAACAUAGCAAAUGACAAUGGAGAAUUAGAGCAACUAAAAAAUAAAAGACAAGAUUUUCUAUUACUUACGAAUGGUAGUGAAAAAACAUUAAAAGCAGCACAGAGUCAUAAUGAAGAAAAACAAGUGGAAGAAAAUAUAUUACGUCUCAAAGUUUCACAAAUAGAACAAAUGAUGUCAAGUGUUGGAGAUAAGGUCUAUAAUUUGCAAAAAUAUAGACUUACACUAGAUGCUGCGUUAAAAGAACGUGAAGAAGAAAUUGCAGUACAGAAAGAAGCACUUGUAGUUCAAAAAAGAGUUGCGUCGGGUGAAUGUUCACAAUUACAUAAUGCCAUUUCUGAAAGAAAAAAUCGAAUAAAACAAUUACAAGCACGAUACGACAAUGGUGUUGCUGUAUUUGGCAGUAGUACUGAUGGAACACCCAUUACUACGACUUAUCUUAAAAUUCAAAAUGCUCAAGAAAGAUAUCUUUUACAAGAGCAAGGUGAUAAGCUUGAUGAAACUAUAAGAAAAACAGAGUAUGAAAUAGAAAGUAUGGAAAACACAUUGAGAAUAGUUAAUGCUUGUAAUGAUAAAUUCAAAAGUAAUUUGAGUAUAGUUAAUGAAACUGGGCUUGAUCAAGAAGAACAAAAGAAACUUAAUGAACAACUAUACAAAGAAAGAGAUAAUCUAAAAAAAGGACAAAUGCGUGUACAACAUCUAACAGAAGAUUUUCAGAAGAUGCAAGAUAACUAUACUUUAUUACUUGAUGAUAUACAAAGAGCCAAAGAAGAGAAAGAUAAUAAGGAACAACAUCUCUCUAAUCUUAAUAAACAAAUAGCUGAACAAGAUGAAAAAAUAUCCAGAGCUGAAAAGAAUCUUCGAAAAGUACAUAGAGAUAUACAAAAUAAGUGUACUUGUACUGAAGAUAGUUUGAUACUUCUACAAGAAAAAGAUGUGAAUUUACGUGAAAUCCAAGAACAAAAUGCAUUGGCUCUUGAAGAUAUUGCAGAAUUUACAAUUCGUCAUGUGGAAGUAGAACCCUAUGUAAAAAAACUUCUAGCAGCCAAGAAUAUAGAAUUACCUUGCAUUUCUAGAUCAAUAGAUCAAUCACCUACAAUAAGUCGUUGUGGAAGUACUACAGAAUCUACUGAAUGUAUAGUUAAAAGUACUGGUCGUACUAGUACAUUUUCCUCUUCAAGGGAAAGUGUUAAUAAUGUUAUUACAUUGGAACCUUGUUUUGAUAACAUAAGAAAUGUUGAUCAACUAUCACAGACAGAUAACUUAGCAAGCAAAUAUCCAAAACGUGGUAAAACAUUAACAAAGUCUAAUCUAACAAUAACUAAGAAAUAAAUAAUAUUAUGUAAUUCCAUACUCUUAAUAAUUUAUAUAUUUAUAUAUAUAACAAAA